AUGGCAAGCACAAACUCACUCACCCUUCUAUCGCAACCCGCCUGGGCCCACGACAAACCAUCACAGCGCCUCCCGUACAGCAUCUAUGCCCACCUGAAAACUGUAUGCAAAACGGGCGGACGUACACCCGAUCAUGUACCUCUCCGCCGACGCUGCGACGUCAUCAGGAAGAACUCAACGAAACGCUGGUCCAACAAAGAGAUCAUGGCAAUUGCCCGGCGCCAUUACUGCUACCAACUGGUCAUGGGUAAACCAUCAAACUCAAAUCGGGACAAAGUCAGACACGACAGCUUCAACCGCUGCUUCGAGUCUACGCCAAUCUGGCUCUGUGUUAUGAUUGUAACGAAUAUGUACAUGUUUACAUUGCUCGACUACUGCACCGAUGGCUGUAUCUGCCCUGUCUGCCCCGGUGGCCACAAAUUCACCACCAGCCACUUUACCUGCAUCCAACAAUUGAUCCGACGCAUCCUGGUAGGCCCGAAACUGCCUCCCAUUGGUCCUGACCUCCUCCAGCAAUUACUGGAGCGCCACAACCUUUACGGUAUCUGGACCCCUCACGAACACUUCGGAUCCUUUCUCCAGUAUGUAGAACAACCCCCUUACCCACACCCGUCUCUGACACAUCAACAGAUGUUCCCCAUACCCCGGCUAAUCACUGUUGAAGUACUACUUCCAAAUUUCGGUCCAAACCAAGUCACCGCCUGGAUCGGAAGUAUCAUAGAUGGAGAUACUUUCGAUCCAGGCGGCCAACCAGCACAUACCAAGUGUAUCCGUGGUCUGGUGCGGCAACGGUGCACCCCAACCUCGCUUCUCAACCGAAUUAUGACGGAUAAUCUGGUCCUACUCGGCAUUUCGUACUCUGCAUUAACCCAUUCCACGGCACUACACGGUGUAGACCCAAUCCGUACCACGAAGGUGGGUACUCUACUUAGUAGGUCAGCAAGCGAAUACAUGGCACACUCGAUGGUGUCAGUGUUUUUUAUCAGCACCGGCCUGAAUUGA